AUGAUCAGACCAUUUCAAACAUUUAGUACUGCAGUGUUUAAAAAUUAUAUUCACCAUUUCUUUGAACUUGAAUAUAAGUCUUUCUUUGUUUUUUAUUCUGGUUAUCUUAAAAAAUUUAUUACUCAAAUAUUUUUAAAAAAAGCAAAAUCUCGAGGCAGUGAAGCACCACUGCAUCUCGAAGUGUGUCAUAAAAACAGGCUCAAGAUAUUAUUGGAUGGCGAGGUAUCACAAAUAGUAUAUCAUUAUGAUCCUCAAGGCUUUAAGAUUCUCGAUAAAAUUUCUUCUGGAGCAUCCGUCUUGGUUUAUAAUGUAUGUUGGAAAGAUACAUCAAAGUUCGCAAUUAAAAAAUUUAUCGGAAAUUCUAAAGAAAAAGCCAUUAUUAAUGAGAUUCAUUUAACGGGAUUGGUUAAUCUUCAUCCAAAUAUAAUUCAAUUUUAUGGAGUUACGAAAUUAAAUGAUCAAAUAAAUUAUUCGCUUGUACUUGAAUAUGCAGAAGGUGGAACAUUAGGAAAAUAUUUAAAAGAUAAUACUAUAACUUUUAAAUGGGAGAGCCAAUUAAAAUUUGCUAAAGAAAUUUCAAGUGCGAUUUCAUGGUUACAUGUUGAUAAGGAAAUCGUACACGGAGACCUUCAUCCUAAUAAUAUAUUAAUACAAAAAGAUACAAUAAAACUAGCAGAUUUCGGACGUUCAUAUCUAAAAGGAUCAGUUAGUGAUACUGAAGUACGAGGUGUAAUACCUUAUAUGGAUCCUAAUUUUUUUGAAACUCAAAAUCAUUCAUAUGUCUUAACCGAAAAAUCAGACAUAUACAGUUUGGGAGUAUUGCUCUGGGAAUUAACAAGUUGUAAAUCACCUUUUGAUUUUGAAACAAAAAAUAAUAAUUAUUUGGAAAUUAUUGAAAUUAAGUCUGAUAUCCUUAAUGGUAAAAGAGAAAAACCUAUUUCAGGUACAAAUUAUAACUUUGUUACGCUUUAUAAAAAAUGUUGGCAACAUGAACCAGAUGAAAGACCAGAUAUUCGUCAAGUAAUUUCAGAAAUUAAUAAUAUUGAAAAUAUAUCAAAUAAUUUUAAAAUUGAAAAAAUCGAAAAAACGGAAAUCGUAACAACAGAAAAAUUAGAAAAUGAAGAUGUUGACUUUCCAAGCUGUGAUGAUUGUGACAUAAAUUCCGAUAAAUAUAAUUCUUAGAUUAUUAUGUUUUUUUUUAAAAAAAAAUUCUGUAUUAUUUGUAAUUUUAUACGAAAAU